AUGUAUAAAGUUUGGCCUUUUACGAGUUGGGGUUUGGGCAUAACGAGCAUAAAUAUUCCCUCAACGAUCCAAAAAAGGUUACUCAAAUUCUUGCUCAAAAGGGCCUUGGGUCAGUUCUUGGCUGAAGAACUAGAUCUCGAUAACCUUGAGGUUCAAUUUGGCGAAGGGCUUGUUCAACUAAAAGAAUUACAACUAAAUGUGGAGGUAUUAAAUGAUCUUGUUGCAGAUUUACCAGUGGUUAUAACAGACGGAAAAAUUGGUGGUAUCAUCGCUAAGAUUCCAUGGAAAAAUAUAUGGAAAAGUGACUUUGUUUUGGAACUUCAUAAUUUACAGAUUACUGUCGUUCCUGAACAUGCUAAACCAAGAAAUGCCAAAUCUACUACUCCUGAAGACUCGCAUAUACUUUCAUCAUCAUUUCACUUUGCUGGCGAUUUUCUUCGUCAUGAAAUACCUCCCGAAGAAGAUGAAGAACUUCGAAAUUCUAUUUAUCAUUCUUUCCAUAAUAGCACGUUACCAUCAGAAAGUCAGGAACUAGGAAGUUCAAGUCUUGAACAAUCAGAAACAUUACCACAGCAAUCUACCAUAAUUGGUGAUAAUGGUAAUGGUGGUAUAGAAGGUAUCCAAAUUUUGGCGCGGCUUAUCGAUAAAUUAAUGUCGAAUGUUAAAAUAGUUUUAAAGAACACAUGUAUACGACUUUCUCAUCAAUCUACUAUUACACCUAGUGGAGAUGGUAUUUCAAACAAUAGUGAUCAACCUAAGGAAUAUUAUUUCGAUUUGGAGAUUCCGAUCAUUUCUUUCAAGGAUGAAAAAUCUGGAUUAGAUGAUGAACCAGUCUCACCUAAUUCAUCUGGUUCAGCUAACGUGACAUUACCUCCAGCACAACCUGAAACGGUAAAAUCUUUUUCAAUCACUGGAUUAAAUAUUUGGUUAAGGGAAGCAGCUAAUAAGGCUGUAAAUCAUUGGGCUCAACAACAAUCACCACCCUCGUUUAGUGAAGAUCCUGAAGACAGUGGAGAUGAAUUUUUUGAUUCAUGUCAAGGGACGAGCUCAGAAAAUGAUGAUCAAGACCAAAUUAAUCCUUAUGAAGCCAUGAUCUUUUCUUGUGCAGAACAGGAAAAUGUAAUUAAAGUUACAUUGCGUCAAAACGCUCCUCCUGUUAUCCAAUUUGAUUUACAAAAUGCUGCUUCUUCACACUUAUACACACAAGAAGCUAUGCGACAAGCAAAUAUUACUCAAUCAUGUGAAAUUCAAGGUUCAAUUCAAUCAAUGAUUGCUGUAUUGACUCCUAGUCAAGCAUCAUUGAUGGUAGAUUUGGUCGACGCGUUAUCAAAAAGUAAAUCAGCUGGUGAUAGUAUAUCUUUAAGUAGCACUGAAAGUGAUGACGAUAUUCAUGAUACUGCUCGUUUACAUAAUCUUAGAAAUAAUGAUAGAAUACCAGAAAGUAGCGUAGAUAGUAUUUUUAAUGAUUUAGGUCAAGACGUAGCUUAUAGUUCAGUGCCUUCUCCCAUUCAAAACAAUGAUAUGGAUGAUCUCUUAUAUAACUUAACUUCUCCUGCUUUAAAUACAUCUGGAUCAAUUCCAACUCUUGCACCCAACAUGAAAAUUGAAUUCAUAAUUCAGAAUAUUGAAAUUUUCUUUUUAUAUUCUGAUCCAUUACCUAAAUUUAUACCAGAAAAAAAAUUUUUCGAUACUCGAUUACCUGAAAAUUUAAACAUUAGUCAUAUAAAGAUCGAUGUUAACGAACUAUCCUGCAAGAUUCAAAAAUGGGAUCCCGAGACUUUGAUCGGUAGUCUGAAACAAGGUGGAAGUAUACCGAAUAUAAAAAGCUCGGAAACUGAGGAAAGCUCACGCAUAUUAAUAGAUGUAGCAUUGGCUGAUUUUUCUAUAUCAGAAUGGUUAAAGAAUGACAACCCUGAGAUCGAAAAAUUAAAAUCUGAGGUUACGCUUCCAAAUUUUAACAUUUAUGAUCCUUUAUUAUUUUUUGAUCCCGAACUUUUGAAUUCUUAUCGUCCCGAAGAGUCAGAUUUUCCAAACUUUCCAGUAAAAAAUGUGAAUCAUUAUGGUUUUAAUAAAAAUACUGGAACGAAAAAAGCCGGAGGGACUACUUCUAGAUUCAGUAGAAACAAUAACAACAUUAUCAAAGACGUCAUUAGAUUAAAAAUCAAGAUUACGAACGUUUCUAAUGAAGGUAAUUUGUCAUCAGCCGUCAAUGCAGUAAAUUACGAAGUUGCAGUAGAUUUAGAACCAGUGCAAUUACACUUUGACCUCCGAAUAAUCGAUCGAUUGGAGAAUUAUUUAGUCUUUUUUCCUGGAGAUUCUGGUAAUAGCAUUUCUCGAGAAGAGAAAUCCACAAAGCAUACAUUUAACGAACAUUCGACAAGUCAAAAUAUAAUUGAUGAUUUGGAUACACAAAGGUUGAAUGAGAAAAAUUUGGAAAAAUCUCAGUUUCGAAUCAAUUGUGACUUGAUUCGUUUGAUGUUACAUUGUCCAGACUUGAGUGCUGCUAAUACACAUAAAGUUGUUGAAGAUUAUUGCAUACACUCUAAUUUAUUAAUUGUUGACAUAAUAAAUAUCAAUAUUGCGACUGGAAGUACGAAGCAGCCAGGUGUAUCACGAGCAGAAAGUUACGGUAUUCAACAGCAUUCUGAAUCCGAAGGACACACUAACGAUUUGCAACAAAAUAGAAUGAGGAUAGAAUUUGGCGGAAUAAACAUUUUCUUAAAGGAAACUAACGGUGAAUAUUUUUUACGUUUUAUGAUAUAA